AUGAAGGCUGUGGGCGAAGAGGUGGAAGAAUUGUGGUUCGAAGACACGCAACUAGAUAUGAGGACUUUGGCGAAGUUUGUCGGCUUCACAGUUUUGUGUUUCUACCACAUGCGAAGAUGGGCCACUGUGAUUCAGUUGGCGCAAGACUUCAACAGCGUUAGCUGUGGCGAGUUUUCUCCGACUUUUUUUGCCUUCAUCGUUGGUGCGCAGAAAGAGGUGAUGAAUUUGUCUGGCAGAAUUUUGAAGUUAAGGCUGGCAUUGUGGAUAUGUUAGUAACUAAAGAUGUGUUAGUUGAAAUUCCGAUAAAUCCCAGGAAGACCUGUUUUUUCAAAGUCUCGACCGUACGAUAUUGUUUUGUCAAGGAGAAAGUAUCACACAGUCACACGUUGUCCUUGUCCUUCCUCUAAUUCCCAACUCAGCGAGGUAUAUCCAAUCAGCCAAGGAGAAGUUCAAAACCGAGCAAGACCAAGUCCCAAGAAAGUUGUUGCGGCAGCUUGCCCUUCUCGGUCAACUCUCCGAACCGGAAAAGCUGUACAACAAACGCAUCUACUACUACGAAAAUUUGACGUCAAGGCAGAAGAAACUUCAUUCAGCCUGGAAGCAGACGGAAGAGUUCUACAACUUGACGUACCAGCUGAUCUUCUCGACUGUCCCCGCCGCCAUUGAGCAAUUGCGGAAGAACCGUGUCGUUUUAGCAAGGUUCAUCCACCAGAAGCACGUCUAUUUGCAUCCGGUGAAGAUUCUAGAUGAGGCUCAGAGUGCGAUUAUGAAGCGGAACCUGGAGGACAUGGUGAAGUCCCUGAUUGGUAGUUACCACAUGGCCGUAGAGUUGCUGCGCAAACGGCAAAUGACGCUGCUAGCCACUCAAGCGAGCCACGAGUUGGGGAACCUGAAGUGGCUGGAAGGCGACAGAAAAGCGGCUGGGACCGUGUGGUCAGAGGGUGUGGAUGGC